AUGCGGGAAGACAACAGCUCUGUUUCCUUCCUGCUGACUGGGUUUCCAGGCUUGGAGACAUCUCACAGCUGGAUUUCUGUCCCCUUUGUCGUAGUUUAUACCUCUGUCCUUUUUGGCAAUGGCACCCUCCUCUUUCUUAUCAAGGCAGAUCACAAUCUCCAUGAGCCCAUGUACUACUUCCUGGACAUGCUGGCAGCCACAGACUUAGGGUUGACUUUGACCACGAUGCCCACAGUGUUGGGAGUCCUCUGGCUGGAUCACAGGGAGAUUGAUAAUGGGGCCUGCUUUUCCCAAGCCUACUUUAUACACUCACUUUCCUUUGUAGAAUCCGGAAUUUUGCUUGCCAUGGCCUAUGAUCGAUUUGUUGCCAUUCGCAAUCCUCUUAGAUAUACUUCCAUCCUCACCAAUGCUAGAGUGAUGAAGAUUGGUCUUGGAGUUCUUACGAGGGGAUUUGUCUCUGUUAUUCCCCCAAUCAUGCCCCUUUAUUUUUUCCCUUAUUGUCGCUCCCACAUCCUUUCCCAUGCAUUCUGCCUCCAUCAAGAUGUCAUCAAACUGGCUUGUGCAGAUAUCACUUUCAAUCGUCUGUAUCCAGUUGUACUUGUGGGCCUCAUCUUUGUCCUGGAUGCUCUGACGAUUCUCAUCUCCUACGUGUUGAUACUGAAGAGUGUCCUGAGCAUUGCUUCCAGAGAGGAAAGGGUCAAAGCCUUCAAUACCUGUGUCUCCCAUAUCUGCUGUGUACUGGUUUUCUAUGUCACAGUGAUUGGCUUAUCUCUGAUUCAUCGGUUUGGGAAUCAGGUCCCACAUAUUGUUCACCUCAUUAUGAGUUAUGUCUAUUUUUUGUUCCCCCCCUUAAUGAAUCCUAUAAUCUAUAGUGCUAAAACCAAGCAGAUUCGGAAUGGCCUUCUCCGCCUUUUUACUAUCCAUAGAGUUGGCGCUUAA